UUUAAGUCAAUUUAAGUUUUAAAACUGUGACUUUUACGAAGGUGACUUACGGAAAAUGUUUGGUUGGGCAUAUGAAGUUCAUUCCAAACAGAUAACCUACUCAGGGGGGAAAGAUCAAUUAUAAACAAAGUGCUUUCACUGGAUUCAUGAUAUGAUCUGUAGACUUUGCGAUGUCCCGUUCAAGUAGAAAUGUUUCACACGCUACUUAAAAUCUACAUGCCAAAUUUCCUAAUUUGUGUGUUAGCUGAAGCACUAUUGUCUAUUAUCUGUUAUCUUGCAUCAUUACAAUGUGUGGUUUGGUUUGAAACAUGUCUGGGGAGACAUGUUUCAAACCAAAUGAACUGCAUUUAGCAGCGCUCAUUUAGCAGCACUAGGAACUACAGAGCGAUAUUUAGGUCAGAAUUUUGGUAUCUGACCACAGAGUAGAUGCAGAGGAAGUCAACCCCCAGCUCUGUAAGCACAGAUGCAUUUCAAAUAAAUAACAUCGCUUAAGCCUGCAAGUACCCCUUCCUGUAAAACCUCAGAGGCUGAAGCUGCUUGUCCAAAUCUUACUGUGUAAAACUGCUCUGCUCUCCUCUUCAUCGACUCCUCAGGAAUCGGGAAGGUUCGGCGGAAGCCCAGCAUGAGGGACACUGCCUCCAACGCCGACUCCGACUUGUUCGCGGACAACGGGGAGCGGCUGUAUGACCUCAACCUGCCGGCGCUGGUCAAGUUCAGCUACGCGGCCGAGCGCGAGGACGAGCUGUCGCUGGUCAAGGGCACGCGGGUGGUCGUCAUGGAGAAGUGCAGCGACGGCUGGUGGCGGGGCGGCUACGAGGGCCGCUCGGGCUGGUUCCCCUCCAACUACGUGACGGAGGACCCGGACGGCUCGGCGAGCGACGCGGCGCUCUCGCUGACGGAGAAGCUGGCGGCGGCGGUGCACGGGGCCAACGGGAGCGGCUCGCUGCACGCCGUCCAGGCGCUCUACCCCUUCAGCUCCGGCAACGACGAGGAGCUGAGCUUCGAGAAGGGCGAGGUGAUGGAGGUGGUGGAGAAGCCCGAGAACGACCCCGAGUGGUGGAAGUGCCGCAAGGCCGACGGCCAGCUGGGGCUGGUGCCCAAGAACUACGUCACCAUGCUGCAGGACUCCCACGGCAACGCCCCCGGCGACGCCGGCCCGCCCACCCCCGACUGCGACUACAUCGAGCCCUCGGACAGCGGCAGGUUCGCCGGGCGCCAGUGGUACUACGGCAAGGUGACCCGGCACCAGGCCGAGGUGGCCCUCAACCAGAGGGGCGAGGAGGGCGACUUCCUCAUCAGGGACAGCGAGUCUUCGCCCAACGACUUCUCCAUCUCCUUGAAGGCCCGCAGCAAGAACAAGCAUUUCAAAGUGCAGCUGAAGGAGGGUCUCUACUGCAUCGGACAGCGCAAAUUCCACUCCAUGGAGGAGCUGGUGGACCAUUACAAAAAGGCUCCCAUUUUCACCAGCGAACAGGGAGACAAACUCUACUUGAUCAAGGCUCUGACCUCUUCCUGAUCACAGCAGAACUCCAGCACAAAAAACUUCUUCCUGGCUGGUGGAAACUCUAAUCAUUUCAAGAGGCGAUGGAUAAAUCCCUGUGGACUCCUAUGUAUGGGGCAAAGAAACUUCUGGGGUUCCAUUUGGUUAGUUGAUUUCACGAGCCACGGGCUCACAGACAAUUCAGUGUAUGUUGAAUUAAGCAUCUAUAAAUCAUACUUCAGUUCUGUUCAUAUGUAUAAUUUUUAAAGCUUCCUUUGAUUAAAUGUGACAUUUUCUUAAAAAAAAAAAGCGUGAUCGAAAGGUGUAUUAAGUGUCUGUUGUCAAUCCAGCUUGGAGAACUGAGAAUCACACAUUCAAAAAGAUCACAUUUUACCCUCUUCCACUGCCACAGGUAUCUAAGGUGUCACAAUUUUUUACUAACUGUGCAUUCAGAAUAGUUUAUUUUUGUAGAAAAGAUAGUGCUUAGUACUGAGAAAGUGAUUACAAAUGACCAAAGUGUAUUUAUUGGUGGCGUUGGUGCAUGUUCUAGGACAUGGUCCUCACGUGACAGUUUACGGAAGAAAGUUUUUUUGUUGCAGAGUUUAAUGCCUUUGCCAGCACAGGGAUGGGAGUGAUCACUGGUUGCCAUGACAGCUGAAGUGAUGUAUGAUGAGGGUAUUCCUUGAGUGUGGUGGCAGCUUGGACUCGUGUCCCCCGGGGGGGGGGGAGGCCACAUGCGAAUGGGACAUAGUUGCGAGACAUCAGGCCGGCCCUGGUCGGGGUUAUGCCCGUCUCCGUGGAGACGAACCAGGGACAGCAGUGGCCGCAUGGCUUGCUGAUGAAUGAGUCAUGUUAAGUUUUUCACCCCUCUCUUCUCAGACUGUGCGGAGCAUGUGUCUCCCGAUAUGUGUACGUGCCCUUGUGUGUCCAGAUUAGACUGUCAAUUUGCAACAGACGCUGACGUUGGCUGAAGAUGGAGAUGUGUUCUUGUUUGUGGCAGGUUAAAAUUAUAUGUGUGUGUCUGGGGUGUGUGUGACAUGUGUCUAUAUUAUGUUGCAAGAUGGUACCUCUGGUGCAGUUAUGUUUCUCCAAGUGGCAUAAUCUAAGCAGUCACCAGCUAGCACCAGCUAGAGAGGUGUAAAACAUGGUAUGCGGUAACUCUUUGUGCUUAAUGUCUGAAUGCUGUCUUUUUGUGAAUCUUACAUUGUGGUAAGGGAGGCUAAGCAUGUCAGAAAACUCGCUUCUCCUUCAUACCAAAAAAGAAAAAAAAACUACGGUGGCUGCUUAUUGAGAAUGUGGUCUGUAAUGCUGUUCGGAGCUCCUUGUUUUUGAGAAUGCGUCUCAAAGUUUACGGGCUUGACAUGACAAAGAUUGGAAGGGAGGCUGAACCUUGUUCUUUUCUGCCAGGAAACCGGCCUUUUGGCCUGCAUCGAAUGUGAAACGGUCGUUGUUACGGAAACUCUCCCCCCGGGUCUUUGGGAACCGAGCGGGGGGACUUUCCGCGGGAGGGAAAAUGAGCUUGGACGUCAGCCAGGGAGCUCGUCGGAACCUCAAACGAUUUUCCCAGCUGCGGGAGCGUGACCUGUGUACGAGCGCGGGGCGAAGGUUUUUUGGGAUCGCAGAUGGAAAAGUCAACGGACGCACGUAGGGAGAAACCGUUUCUGGAUUAGAUUUUGGUGGAUGUGAGUCAGGCUCAAUAGACGCAUAAAACGGGUGGACUUUCAGUACCCCGGUGCGAGUGAGUGAAUAAGUGAGUGAGUGAGAGAAGAAGGGAGGAGUGGAGCAGUGGAGGAGUGGUCAGAUGCUAGUGCUUGGGUCCUUGUGAAUUUGUGCCUUUGCCACUGCUUUCCAAACCAAAGGUCUAGCGUCACUGUCGACAGGUGGUUUUUCACAACUCAUUUGAUGUUUUUUUUUUCUUUGAAUAUGUGCGUCAUCGGAUUCUGAAACUGAUAUGUGGCAGAAAUGUGCUGACGCUCACAACACAUUCUGCAACUUCCUCGUUGCGCUAAUUUCUGUGGCCAUUCAAAAAAAUAUGUAUUUAAUUCGACCCGACUUAAUGAAAGAGCACGGCAUGCUGAAUACAUGAUUUGGAUGUAUUUCAAAUAAGAUUCAUGUCUGUAGUAUCAAGUGACCUUAACAGACUAUACUGUAGGUUGAUUUUUUAAUAAUCUGUGAUAUGCUUAGAUUACGAUUUAGCCUACCUGUAUAGUAGUUGCCCGGUAAUGGUGAUUUAUAAUAGUUUUUAAAGUCAUUCCAGAUAUAACAUUAUACAGGAUUAUACCAGGGCCACUGCCUUUUGUAUAUUGGAAUUUAUUUUCUCUUUGGCAGCCUUGUGAAAUAUGGAAGAAAGUAUCGUUCUUCAGUUUCAUGCUCUGCACAGUAUUGCUGAUGGGGUCACUCACCUUUGCUUUGAAAUGAAUAUAUAAAUAAAUAAAUAUAAAACAGCCCUUCUGAGUUUCUCAGUGAAAAUCUCCCAUCAGGCUUUAUGAUUGAGCUUGAACUAUCAAAACUUGCUUGUAUUCCCCCAAAUCCCAGCAGUUCCUAGUACCACAAGAUGCUGCUUAUCCAAGGUCUAUUUGGCAACCUCUGGUGAGAAUUGAAAAGAUUCUAACUGCUCCCCCAAUUCAGACAGAUUUUGAACCCCAAGGAAAUCUUUCUUCUUCUUUUUCAAGUUCUACAUUUCAGGCCGGAGAUUGGAUAAGGUGCAGCUUGUGGGAUGUGAAAUAUAGGUGCACAGGGUAGGUGUGAACAGUGGGGCCACAAUGUGAAAAUGAAAAAAAAAACUGUUUUAUAGAGCUGGGAGUUUAUUCUCUUCUAAUUCAGCAAGAUAUAUGCGUGCUCACAGAAAAUAAUAAAAUAAAAUGGCUGACUUAAAUGAACAUUGUCUGGUCUUUAUAUUUGAGACACUGAAAACGAAGUACUUCCAACAAGCUCAGCUCUGAAUUUGAAGCAGCCAUCAUUUAGUGUAACCAGUAAGUAGCAUUUCAGCCAUUGAUUUGCUGAAUCAAACUUGGAGGCAGGGUCCUAGUCCUGAUUAAGUGGCUUAUUCUGAGAUAAUAUACAUAAUAUAUAAUAUAUAGUAUGUACUUGAUGCACAGCAUCAGCCAUAACCACCUUGAAACUCUGGCCAUCCAAUGGUAGGUUUGUAAACACGCUGGCCCGAGGUCAACUCAAAGACGGGUGUUCUAGGCUGUUAUCAGUGUUGUAGUUUCUGACUUACUGCUUUGCACGCAGUGUUAGUCACGGCAUCACAAAGUUAUAAAGGAUUAUGGACCAUCUGUAAAUUCAUCUGAUUUGUGCUGUUUACAAACAUGAAUAUCCUUCAUUUUUGAAGGAUGUUCAUAUUUCAGACCAUUAACUCUCUUAGUCUGAAAGGAGCUUUCAUCAGCAAGCAAAUUCCAAUAAAUCAUUGGUGGGUUUUUGGAGGGUAGAUUAAUGCUUUCCAAAAAGAUUUAAUUCAUACUUACAGUAAUGCAACAGUACCAUGUCACUAUGUCCUCUCAACAUAAUAAAUGGUUUUGCAUGAA